GUGAAGUUAGUCGAAAGUGGAUUCGACUAGUCAAAAGUGGUCAAAAGGAAUGACAGUAGAGUACAGUUCAUAAUCAUGGCGUUCAAUUUUCCAGCGUUUUCAUAUAUUAUCGCCCUAAUUGUGGACGCUUUUCUCAUUUUCUUCUCGCUGUUUCAUGUGAUAGCCUUUGACGAAUUGAAAACCGAUUACAAGAAUCCAAUAGAUCAAUGUAACAGCCUUAACCCACUCGUACUCCCUGAGUACGUCCUGCAUUUAAUCUUCAACAUUUUAUUUGUGGCUGCCGGAGAAUGGGUCUCUAUUUUAAUCAAUAUACCAUUGAUAGCCUAUCACAUAAACAGAUACAGAACAAGGCCUGUGAUGAGUGGCCCUGGACUCUAUGAUCCUACAAGUAUAAUGAAUGCAGACACCUUAACCAGGUGCCAACGAGAGGGAUGGAUCAAGCUUGCAUUUUAUUUAUUAUCAUUUUUCUAUUACCUCUACGGGUAUGUAAUUGCUUUAGAAAAUGCCCAUGUGAACCCAGAGCAUGUAACAUGAUUUUGUGUUUACUCCCCAAGUGCUCUUAACUUGUACAUAGUUUAUUCAUGCAAAUUAAAUUCAAAGCAAAAACUUUCUUGUUUGCAAUGUUGAUGACAAUAUUUUAAUGCUUUAUAUUACACACAGCAGUGUAAUGGAAUGCCAAUGCUGUGGAAUAAGAGUAUUGGCUUUCGCACAUUUUUAAGUUAGUCAAAUGGAUGAUUUAAUUGAUUCCCUUAAUUAUUACUUGAUUCCACAUUAAUUUUAAUACUGAUAGAUAUUUACAUUAAACACGAGUUUAAUUUAUGAGCGUUGUUCCAUCAUUUAUACUAUAUUUUUUUUUAAAUGAGAGUAAGAACCGAAACCCUAAUCUAUGAAAAUCUG